CGAUUAAAAUUAGAAAACGAAAUUUUGAAUCUAAUUACAAAGUAUUGAAAUUACUACAUUAAAAUUACAAUGGAGUCUAUAUUGUCCUCUGAUGAUAGUUGCGAUUCGGAGAUGAAAACGAUGAAAAAUCUUUUAACAGAAUUUGAUUUAAAUGAAGAAAACCUUAGUAAAGAUGAGAUGAGAGAUCUUCUUAAAGCUUUGAAAAAUUCCAAAACAACAGUUAAGGAAGAAGAGUUACAGAGGCUAAAGAUUGAGGAUAGUAAUUGUAAUGCUUCACCAAAAAUAAAAAUGAAGAGAAAGUUCCUUAAUGUAAGAGAUAGGAGAAUGCCUUGGAGUAUAUUACCAAAUACAUUAACUCCAGCGGAGAAAGCUCACACUCUCGCAGUCUACAUUAAACUGAUGUCAAUCAAUAAUUAUCGGCAAGCUAGACAAUCUGUUAAUUUUGCUGCAUGGCCCCCACCACUGCAAAUAGUUGAAGAAACCACAAGAAUUCAACCUGUAAGAUCUACCAGAAGUGGCCGUUCCGUACCACAGUAUUGUGGUUUCGAUGAUGAUUCAUCAGAUUUUGAUAUUGUUGUCACUAAAACGAAAAAAAGAAAGGUUUCAAAUAGUGAUAAUGCAAGUGAUGGCGUAUACUCUAACAAAGUUGUCAGUUUGAAACGGAAGACCACAAAGGAAGAUAAUACCAGGCCAGUAAAAGAGCCCAAAAUUGCCACAGAUGCAAAUAAAUUAGAAUUGAUAAACAACAGUAAUUUAAAAUAAGCUAUUAUAGAAUAUUUCAAGACUGAUUUUAAAUUUGUUUAGCUUCGAAUCUUAUGUAUGACAGUUUUUACACUAUGUAAUAGGUACACAUGUAAUAACAUGCUUUGCAGACAAGUUAUUUGACCUAG